AUGGCUUACCAACAGACACCUCAAACCAAUGGUUAUAAUAGAACUCCCCAAAUGACUGUUGGUGUUCCUGUACAGGAAAAACCAGGAGGGCGAAGAGAGUGGAGAUUCGGACUUUUUGAUUGUUUUUCUGACUGUGGACUUUGCUUUAAGACAUGGUGUCUUCCUUGCGUUACAUUUGGUGAAACCAAAGCUAAGUUGAAUAAUACGGAUUGUUGUGGCUCAUGUUGUCUUUUUUGCUGCUGUCCUUUUAUUGCCGGAGGAAUGGGUCGUGGUGAAAUUCGCGGAAGACUUAACAUCAAAGGAACUUGUUGUGGUGAUUUUUGUACUCAUUGGUGCUGCCCUCUAUGUGCUUUGGUGCAAGAACAUCGUGAAGUUCAUUCCCUUUAA